AUGCCAAUUUUUGUGCCACACUGCCGCUACGUACCUUACCUGCAAAAUCAUAGCUUUUUUCUUCUUCUUCAUAACCAUGAAUCAUCAAGAACAAUCCGAAGAUACCAUCAUGGAAAUGAAGGAAAGUUUCAUGCUUUCACCACUGCCCAUACCGAACCAACUUUCAGAAAUGUGCAUUUUCUUAAACCGAUUGCAAACUCCAUUCAGGAGGUUAACGUUAAUCAGUCAUCUUCUUCUUGUUCUGUUUUUAAACCAAAGGAAUGGCCUUUGAAAAUCCGUUUCAACUGGUGGCGUUACCCACACACGAAAUGGGUUAAGUGGGUUGAUCAACUUAAGCCCAAGUAUGAAUCAGUGUGGAAAAAAGCCGGCAUCUUUGAACCUAUAAUGAGUACUAAGAGCCGCGUAAUGAAAAAUCAAGACUUGGUUUAUGGGAUUUCUGAGAAAUGGUGUAGUGAGACAAAUUGCUUUGUUUUUCCUUUUGGUGAGGCAACAAUCACUUUGGAGGAUGUCAUUGUUUUGGGGGGCUACUCUCUCUUUGGUUAUCCUGUUUUUACCCAACUUGAUGAUCCGGAGAUGAGAGACAUGGAAAACAAGUUGAAACUUGCAAGAAAGAAACUUCGGCAAAGUAAAAAAAAUUUGUUUAAGAAAACACUUGUUGAUUUGAAAAAAUGUCCUGAUAAAUUUUCCUUGUUGUUGGAGGUUAAUGUACUACAAUCACCCUUUUACUUGGUUCAAGUUGACAAUGUGAGGUUGGCAUUAGAUUCAGCUAUCAAUGAUUUUAUUUGGCGUCCUUAUGUUCGAGGAAAUCCUAUUGCUUUGGCACCAGCUGUUUUAGCUAGUAUAUAUAAGGACUUGACUUUGUUUAAGAAAACAAUUGUUGGUUUGUCAAAAUAUUAUGUUGGUGGUGAUAGAUUUCCUUUGGAAGUUAAUCUACGAUCACCCUUUUACUUGGUUCAAAUUUGGGUGUGGGAGAGAUAUCCUAACAAGUGUGGAAUGUUUUAUCCAAAUAAUGAAAUUUGGGUACCAUUUAAGAAGGAUUUGGAUACAAACAUGCUCUCAUUUGUUAUAUGCUUGAGAGUUGCUGAGCUAGUUGGAUUUGAGUCUAUUGAGCAAUAUCUUCCACAUAGAGUUGCUAUGCAAUUUGGAAUUGACCAAGAUGUUCCAAGUUAUGUGGCUAGGUUCAAUGAGACUAAAUACAUUGCUUGGGAAAACUACUGCAGGCCUAUUUCUUAUAAAAAUUUGUAUUUUCCACCAAGGUUGUUUGAGGCAGAUGUCAUCAUGCGUUAUGCAAAGUGGUGGAAGCAACUGGUAUUGGGUCAUGGAGAUUUUGUUAAGAACAUUGUGAAACGGAAGAGAAGUGUGAGUUCAAGGAAACCUAGAGCUCAUGUAGGGAAAGCUAGCAAAAGUGGUGUCGAUUUUAGUGUUCCACCUGGAUUUCCUCCCAAUCUUGUUGACACUCAUAUUUAUGGAAAAUUUUGUGCUGAUGUUCCUGCUGAAAAUUCUGCUCAUGAUUGUGUGAAAUCUAAGCAUUUAAUUAACCAAUGUUCUUCAGCCUCUUUAGCAGAUUAUGAAGAUUUUGAAAAGAUAUUACCACUGAUAAGGCCAAUUUUAGAAGAGAAUGUUGAACUUUCCCUAGGGGCCUUAGAGGAUGAUUUUGAAGAUGCAAAUGGAAGAAAAGAAGCAUGGAAGUCUAAUGACAGAGCCUUUUUAUCUGAGACUCAAGGUGAAAGUCAUAGCUAUGCUUUCAAAAACAAAGUAACUGUUGUGCAACAUUCUGAUAUGGCUGAAGGAGCUAAAGAAAUUGUUGAAGAAAGAAAAGAAAGAGAUGAUGAAGUUGUGAUUUUAUUGAAAGAGCAUAGCUUGAAGAAUCAAGAGGAAAUGGCACGUCUAGCAAGACAACAAGAAGAGAUGUUACGUUUAAUGGAUUUGAGGGAGAAAAGAGAUGAAGAGUUGAGGCAACUUCUCACUAGUGUUCUAAGGAAUCAACAACCACCAUCAUCUUAA